GUUAUGUAUUAUCCAUAUGCUAUUGAAGAACCAGAUAUUUCAGAAGUUUCUGGGUUUGGACCUGAUUCAGAUAUUGAUAUAUAUGAUCACUAAGAUUUAUAGCAAACCUAUUCAAUUCAUAGUAUUAGUCAAUAAAUUUCACAAAUAUCAGAAUCAGAAGAUGAAGAAGAAGAAGAAGAGGAUGUUAUUGAUUAAAGCAGAAUAUUUAAUUUAGCAGAAGUCAAAGUAUUUUUGGAUGAAGUUAUUUGUCCAAUUUGUUGUCAUAUAAUUAAAUCUCCAAAGAUUUGUAAGGAAUGUGAUCAAAGUUUUUGUGGUAAAUGCAUUGAUAAAUGGUAUUUUGAAUUUGCUAAAUAUUUUAGGUUUCAAAAAAGUCCUAAUUAAUAGUGCCCAUGUUGUAGAGUAGGUUUGAAUUACAAGAAUAAUUAUCAUUAUAAUCAAAGUAUUAUGGAUGAUAAAGUGCCCAAAGUACUUCUUAAAUUAUUAAGUAAAUUGUUUCUGACUUGCAAAUAUCAAGUAUUUUAUUUUUAAAUAAUUUAGUAAGAUGGUUGUGAAGAAAUUAUAACUUAUGAUUUUCGUGAAAAACAUGAAAAUCAUUAUUGUUAAUAUUAGGAAUAAGUUUGUGAGAAUAUUGGAUGUUUUGAAACUAUGUUUCGUAAAGAUCUUGAAGAUCAUCAAUUGGAAUGUAAAUAUGGUAGAGUUCAAUGUAAAUAUUGUUCAAAGGAUUAAUUAAGAAUGGAUAUUGAAUUGCAUGUAUAAAUAACAUUCUAAUUUAGUUACAAGAAUGUGAUUGUAGACCUAUUUUAUGUGAAUGGUGUAAAUUAAAGUAAUAAGCCAUAGAUUUUGAUGAUCAUGUUGAGUAAUGUGAAUUUAAAGACAUUCUUUGUAUAUAUUGUUAAAAGAAAUACAAAAGAUAUGAUAUGAAAUAUCAUACACCAAUAUAUUGUCUAAAAAAUUUAUAUCAGAAUAGUCUUGAAUAAAUUUAGUAAAAAGAUCAAAAGAUCUUGGAAUUGCAAAAAUAAGUAGAAUAGUUCAAGUCAAAUAAACUCAUGGAAUAAUCUGAUUUGAAUUAAUCAACAAAUGAAAUGUUGAGUGAGAAAUAUAAAUAAGAUUUUGAAGAAGAAGUUGAAGAAGUCAUAGAGGAAGACAUUCAGAUUGAAGAAAGUGAUUCUAAAGAAUAAUAACCUGAACCAAGUGAUUAUUCUGAAGAAUAAUAACCUGAACCAGGUGAUUAAGAAAAUUAAGAUGAAUAGAAAAAUAAAUAAAACUAAUAAUAAUCCGAAUAAUAAAUUUGUGAUGAUGAGAACGAAUUCAUAAAAUUUUAUAAUAAUAUGUAAAACAAAUAAGACAUAUUUAUUAAUGAAAGAUUAAAGGAAGAAGAUCUCAUAUAAAAAAUGAAAAAAGUCUGUCAAGUUAUUAAUAACCUUAAAUGA